UUCAGCGGUAGAACAGUUGCAAUAUUUGUUUAUGUUUACAUCUGGAAUAAUUUCCGAUUAAUUGAGAAUCCGUGGAAUUCGCCAUGGACCUGGAUAUUUUGCUUGUUUUUCCAGGAUUUCAUGUAUUAUCUUGGACAUCGUGCAGUCCACGAAGCUGGAUUUUUUUGGGGCUUGCAUACGAUACACCACAGUUCCGAAUAUUAUAAUUAUACAACAGCACUACGACAGGCAGCUAUACAAGAUGUGGGUCUUGCCAUCUAUGAUGUGCUGCAGGCGUUCUUCAUUCCGCCAUCAAUCUUCCUUGUUCAUCGAUAUUUCAGCGAGAUUUAUCAGUUCACAUUACACACCUCUUUAUUCGAUACCUACGGCCCAUUGGGGAUUGUCCUGAAUACACCAUCGCAUCAUCGCGUUCAUCAUGGCCGUAAUCCGUACUGCAUUGAUCGGAAUUACGCAGCGGUCUUCAUUAUCUGGGAUAAAAUGUUCGGCACAUUUGAGCCGGAGCGCAAAGAUGAAAAACCGGUGUAUGGGAUUAUUGAACUUUGA